AAUUAACACGAUUCACAUUAUUGAUUAGUAAAUCUGACACAAUGUAACAGAUUUUACUUUAUCUUCCUGUUUGCAGUGUCAGUUGUUUGUUUAAACCAAAUCAUGAUCAAUUCUACACAGUUUUCCUAUAUUAUACUUUCUGCCUAUGCUGAUAUCAAGCUCAUCAAAUAUAUAUUUUUCAUGAUUUUUACAGUUUUGUACUUUUUUAUUAUUUGUGCUAACAUGUUACUCAUUGUGGUUAUUUGUCUGAACAGAAGUUUACAUGAACCCAUGUACAUGUUUCUGUGCAGCCUGUUUGUGAAUGAGCUGUUUGGCAGCUCUGGGCUGUUUCCUUUCCUUCUGAUUCAGUUUCUCUCUGACGUUCAUCAUAUUUCUAAUUAUUUAUGUUUUUUGCAGAUUUUCUGUGUGUACUCGUAUGCAGGUGUGGAAUUUUACAACCUAGCUGUCAUGUCUUAUGACAGAUAUGUUGCCAUCUGUUUUCCUCUGCAGUAUAAGACACGUAUGACGAAUAACAUGGUGAUCAUGCUCAUUGUAGUGAGUUGGUUGCCUCCUUUGCUUAUGGUUACUGGUACAACAAUGCUGUCCUUCUCUUUACAGCUGUGUGGAAACGUCAUUAACAAGGUUUACUGUGACAACUACUCUGUGGUGAAGUUGGCGUGUUUUGACACUAGUGUCAAUAACAUUUAUGGUCUAAUUGUUAGUGUUGGGUCAAUUAUUUGUGCUUUAACUUUAAUUUUUUACACUUACAUAAAGAUUUUCAAGGUGUGUUUUUCUGGUUCAUCAGAGACCCGAGAGAAAGCCGUUAAUACCUGCUCACCUCAUUUGGCUUCUCUGCUCAACUUCUCCUUUGGUUGUUUGUUCGAAGUAUCACAGAGCAGAUUUAAUAUGAGCAAUGUUCCCACUAUGUUAGGAAUUUUCUUAUCAAUAUAUUAUUUUACAUGCCAGCCGCUCUUUAAUCCUGUAUUGUAUGGACUUAAAAUGUCCAAAAUCCGUAACACAUGUAAACAUUUAUUAAAAAAGAGAUAAAUGUGUAAACCUUCAAGUGUUUGCGUAUAAUGAUCAAAACCACUGACAACUUGU